UAAAAUAUUAAGUAUUUGAUUCUUAAAAGUUACUUGGAGUGACAUAAAUAUAGAAUUGACUUUAAUUUAAAUUAAGAAUUUUAUUUCCUUCUUCCUUAUAUGUAUUUAAAUUCUUAUACCAUUAAAUCAGCAUAAUUUGAAAACAAGUUUAAAUUUAUGUUGAAUUCACUAAAAUGCAUGGGUUUUUUAUACUCAUUCCUUUUUCUGUUAACUGAGUAAUAUGGUGAAAUGAAAUACUGACCUUGACUAUCCCCACCUUAUCACAUGCCUCAUUAUGGUAGAAAAGGAAUUGACUUUAUUGUUCUUAAAUGAGAACGUGUAGGCUUUACUGACAAUCAGUUGACACUUUAUCUUUGACACGUGAACAUGUUUAAAGCACAAUUUCAAUGUUUUUCAAAAAAUGGCAAAUUUAUAUACUAAAGCAAAAAAACCUUCUUUCCUUAAUAAAUUAUAUAAAAAGUUAAAAAAAAAUAAAAGUGACAAAUUAGGAAAUGGAAGAAGACACAGUCCAGAAACUGGAGAAACUUCAACAGAAUGUAUUCAUGAUUUAAGUAUUAAACUUUGUAGUGAUAAAAAUAAAAAUGUAUCAGUGUUACAAUCCAAUGUUAACGAUGAAUUAAAUCUUGACAGUAUUGAAAGCAGUACUCAAAAUGUUAUAGUUACUGAUAAUUCUUGUGAUAAAAAAUAUCAUAACAAUACAAAAAUUGUGUUUAAUAUAACUCCAAGUACAGAGCAAAAGAAUAAUACAUAUGACGAUAAUCUAUGUAUAAAUACAUUCGACUUCCCAAAAUGUACAAAAGCAAGAAGUAUAGAUGAUAUUAAUAUGAACAGAGAAAGAAAAGAGUUUAUAUCUGGUUCAGAUAGAAAUUUAGAUAUGAAAAUUGCAUUCUUAUCACAAAAUUAUAAUGAGCUAAACGAUGUAUCUGUACCAAACAAAAAAGAUUUUACAACACACUCAAAUUCUUCUAUUAAAAUGCCAUAUACUAAUCCUACAAGGUUUUCAUAUGAAAUAACUAAAUUAUUAAUAGAAGACAUAAAAGCAAUAGACCAAGAGAGUAGUGAAGACAGUGAUUUCUCUACAGAUUUAACAGAAGAUUUAUUUGAAGAAUCAUCAGAAGAUGAAAAUGAACUCUUUAUUAAUUAUGAGAAAGGUGAAAUAAAUUUAAAGGAUGAAUAUUUUACUAAAGGAAAAUAUAUCACGUAUUUCUUCUUGGAAAUGGAACGGCAGUUCUACGAUCCUCAUGAAGUUUACAGUAUGGUUCAAUAUAGUGAAUCUAAUAACACUGAAAAACCAGGAAAAGAAGGUGAAAUUUCAUCUUCUGGAUCUAUCUCCCCAAAUGUUCCUGCAUAUAUAAGACAAAAACUAAGUCGUAGACGAUCUGUUGAUAAUUUAAUUGUAAAUUCACCAACAAAUUCCAUGCAACAUUCAAGUCCCGAAUCUGUCAGAAGUGCACCUGUUCAACUUAAACCACGUUCUACAUCUCACGAUGCUUUGUCUAAAAAAAAGGAUCGUCAGUCUCAUGCAACAGGAGUAUCGAUGGAUAGUUUGGCGAAACAAGCAUUAUUAGCUGCUCAAGUUCUUAAUUUGAUCCCUACACAAAAAGCACGAGAGAGAAAUUUUCUUCAUGGAAGAAUUGCUGCAAAUUCAUUACUCGGACCUCUAGAACUUGAGAAAGUAUUGCCAAAUCGUGAACUGAAAAUUUUUGUUGGGACAUGGAACAUGAAUGGACAAAAUCCACCGAAAGAGUUAAAUGAUUUUAUGUUACCUUCUGAUAUAGAAACUGUUCCAGAUUUAUUAGCAAUUGGAACACAAGAGUCAUGUUCGGAACGAAAUGAAUGGGAAGCAGCUUUACAAGAAACUCUUGGUCCUUCCCAUGUAUUACUUUUUAGUACUGGUUUAGGUACAUUACAUCUUGCGCUCUUUUUAAGAAGGGAUUUAAUUUGGUUCUGUUCCAUUGCCGAAGACUCUAGUUUUUCUACUAGAACAGGUACUGCUUUUAGAACGAAGGGAGCAGUAGCUAUAGCUUUAAUGUUAUUUGGUACCAGUUUUCUCUUUGUUACCGCACAUUUAACUGCACAUCAAGAUAAAGUCAAGGAACGAGUUAACGAUAUUAAAAGAAUAGUUAGAAACCUUGAUCUUCCUAAAGAUUUACCUACAAGACAUAGAAGCAAAGAUGUAACUCAAAAUUUUGAUUGUGUAUUUUGGUGCGGAGACUUAAAUUUCCGUUUAGCUCAACCAAGAGAAGAAGUUAUACAGUGGGUUACCGAUACAUGUUUUCCUCAACAAUCCCCAGUAAAUUUACAUAAAGAUCAAUUACGAACAAUUCUCAACGAAGGAGCUGUUUUACGUGGAUUUGAAGAAGCACCAAUUACAUUUCCACCCACAUAUAAAUAUGAUCCUGGAACACAAAAUUUUGAUUCGAGUAGUAAACAACGUACACCUGCAUAUACUGAUAGAAUUCUCUUUAAGGGAAAAGGGCAUUCAAGGGGAUACAUUCGAAGAGUUAGUCAUGAAAGCACAAAUUCAUAUAAAGAUGGUGUUAUAGAGUGUUUGGUAUACGAUUCUGUUCCAAGCAUUUGCACUUCAGAUCAUAAACCUGUGUGGGGUGUUUUCAAAACAAUCAUAAGACCUGGUAUUGACACAAUUCCUCUAGGUGGUGGUUUAUUUAAUCGUGAAGUAUAUUUAGAAGGCAUAAAAAGACGAGCAGCUGCUAUGGAUGACUCGCAUGGAAGUUCAAAAGUAUGUUCGAUUCAAUAAUCGUUGUUACAAAUAGCGUUGAUAAAAGAAUGUCAAAUUGUCAAGUUUGUAUGAGUAUUAUGUACAUGGUCAUUCUAAUUAUUCAAUGCCAAAAUGUGAAAACUUAGCUAUUGCAAUUUUCACAAUUAAUAUUAUUUCUUUUUGUAUACUCUAUAUGUACAAAAAAUUUAUAACUGUUCAUAACUUUUUUACGUGAAAUACAUUUAAUACAGCAUGUUACUGUAUAUAUACUAUAUACUAUAUUGUAUAUUGUAUGUGCACUUGAUAAUAUCUAGUCCAAAAAAUUAUCUAUACACGAAUUAUUCACUCUUAUAACUAAUAAUUAUAAUGCCCAAAUUUUGUAGGCAUGUGUGUUAUUUAGAAAAAUGCAACAGAAAAAGUCAAGAUAAUGUACAGCUUUCUUGAAAUUUAUAACAUGUAUAGAAGUUAAAAAGUUGUAUUGUUAUUUUAUAGCACUGAUUUAUAUACAUAUAUUGUCUAUGCAUAAAUUAUUUUAUAAGAAUGUUGAGAAUUUCAAAAGACACGAGUGUCUACCUGCUUAACUAUUCCAUCUUUAUUUUUAUUGCAAGUAUUACUAAAAUUGUACUGAAAAAAAUGUUUACUUUUGAAGAGUUCCUUUUCUAUGUAAUUACAUAAAGACAACUGUGUACAAAACAUACAACACCUAAUUUAUAUUCAGUUAUAAAAUAUAAUAUUAAUUUUGAGGGUUUUGUUUAUGAUUUUAGGAAUUCGUUGAAUUAUCAUUUUACAAUUUGUAAGCUAUUCAUUUUAUUUUCUAAAUUUAUUUAUUUGGAUCAUGUAUUGCUUAAAUCUUAAAGAAAAACAUUAAAUUUCACAAUUUCAAUGAAAAAUGAACACUCUUACUUACAUUUAUGUAAACAUACUUUAUUUAGAUUUAUACAAUUUGUGCAAUUUAUGCAAUGAAAGACAAGUGCAUUCUAAAAAAUUUAGUCAUUUACAUACAAGGUGCCUCGUUUAAAUUAGCACAUUUAAAUAUCUUCGUUAUUUUUUGCUAAAAGAAAACAUUAAAAUAAAAUUGCAUUAAUUAAAGGGGCAAAUUUGAAUUUUACCUAAAUAGAAAAACCCUAAGUACCUGUGUUACUUUUAAACUAAUUUGAUGGUCUUGAAAAAUGUUUUUUUCAAGGUCAUUUUUUCGAAACUGUAUUAUUUAUUUCAUAUUUUUAUAAUCAUUAAAAAAUGGAAUUUAAAGACUUUAACAAUCCUACCGUUUCGGUGAUAUAAUUUCCAGAAAUUUACGAUAAUAUGUCUUAACGUUAUCAUGCUAUUAUUAACUCAUGGAUCUGUACUGAAAUGUAUAUUUAUCUUAUAAUACUCAUUACGGAGAGCAGGAAAACUACUUUCCAAUAGAGAUCCACAAGUUAGUAAUAUCACAAUAACAUUAGGAUGUAAUUUAUCAAAUUUAUUCGCUUAGAUAAUAAAACUUUAUUCUAAGUAGUUUUUUUCAGCUCUGAAUAACGGAAAUAUUUAAUUACCAGUAAUUAGACAAAAUUUCGUAUAUCCUUGUAAUAAUAUUUUUCUGCAUCAAAAUACUUUAAUAUUUCUCAAAUUCAGCAGUGAAAAUGGUGAAAACAAUAUUCUGUAAGAAAACAAUAAUUAGAAAAUAAUUUUAUUAAUGCUUACAAAUUAAAAUAUUAAAUUUAGAUAAUUUGAUGUAAUUUGAAAUAAUUGUAAUAUAAUUAUUGUUUGUUCCUGCACUGUUGUAUAUAUUUUACGCAAUAAGUUUACAAUUUAUAUUUAAUGAUGUGAUGACUACUACAUAAAUGCUAUCCCUGUUUUUGUAUGUUCACGUAGAGUCUACAUUGUAGACUAUUAAUGUACUCUUGUCACAAGAACUUGUCAUAAUUCUGAAACAAUAAACCAUAAUAAUACACAGUGAUUAAUGGAUUAUAUAAAAGUGUUAUACCAUUACUCAUGUAAUAUAUUACACAUAACUUAAUAUUUAAUAAAAAGUCAAUAGGUACUAAAAGUAUAUACAAAUUAUGAAAAUUUUGAUUGCUAAUAUAUGUAAAUAAUAACACUUUAGUAUAUA